GCUCACGGCUCCGCUCUGUUCAUCCAACAGACCACCAAACCGGUCCGAUGGCUCGACCGCAGUAACGACAACAGAGGAGAGCGGAGGAGAUCUACCACCAGUCGGUGCCGCCGAAGCAUCAGAGCAAACCUCCCGUUCGAACAACAACAGCAGCGAUACCGGCUCCGUCGGAGGAGGAGAGCCGGUGUCGCCGGCUCGGUGCAGAAGCAGAUCCUCCGUGGACAGCCUCGGCGUGUUUCAGAAGAGAUCUAUAUUCGUCUUCCCCCGCCGCAGAUCCAGUGGAUAUUUCUCCUUCGACGGCGACUCGCUGCCGCUGACGGCUGACAAAGCGACUCAGACUCCGAGCCUCGGCAGCCAGGUGAUGAAACACGCCUUGCAGCGCAUGGCUGAGGCGCACGGAGGAGGACCGGGGACGCAGCUGCAUGAAAGCUCUCGCAGCCCCUCUAGCAGACGGCACCGAAACGCAGCAGAGGACAUGCAGGCGGAGGCAGUCGGACAGGAGCUCCGACGAAUUGGAGAUGAUUUUAACAGACUCCUCCUGUUAAGG